AAAGGUAAAAAUUUCUUGUGGCCAAAGGGGUCCUUAGUAAAAUCUGUACAGUUGUCUUGACCGUCCCGGCAAGUGGGCAACCGGUGAGCAUGAGUCGCUCAAUCUUUCUUCUCUUGUUGUUGUUUCUUGUCUCAAAUCCAUUACCUUGUACUUGUUCCUUUACUUUCCCCUUUUCCAACUACCAUACCCUUUUCUCUCUCUCCCAUUCCCUCUUCUCCCGUGUCGCCAAUCUCCGUGAAGCGCGUGGUGACUACGUUGGCGCUGACAGAGCUCGAUCCAUUGCUAGAAAACUUGAGAAUGGUUUGGGUAUUGGUUUUUGGAAAGUCAUGUGGAGUGUUGGUUGGGAUUAUGUGAGGAAUUAUGGUUGGAGAGAUGCUGAUAUGUUUGGUGCUUUGUCUGAGUUGAAUGAAAUGUUGCGUGGUCUUACUGAGUUUUCCAGUGUUAGUUCCGAUAGGGAAAGGCUUGACUGGAUCAAGCGGAAUUAUGAUAAUCUUUUCAAAGUUUCAACAUCCCUUUUUGGUAGAUUGAGGAACGUGUUUGGACAAUCCGGUCCGCUGAAGGAAGUCAUAGAGACACUUCAGAAGGAAGUAUUAGAAGGUGAUUUGCUUAAGGACUGCCUUGAAUUGGGUUCUACUGAUUUGAAGGGCCUGCUCAUGGUUUUCAAGGAUAUUUCUUCAAAAUAUACCUCUACUUCCUCAACCCGGGCAGAGCUGUGAUCGAGUGAAGUUGAAACUAAGGUAGUAUGGUCAACUCUGUAACUAUUUUUGUGGCUUUCCAGUACAGUAGCAACACAAGUGUAAAAAGAUCAAUGUAGAAGAAGAUGAUCUUUCUGUUUUCAGGCUUGUAUUUUACGUGACUUGUUAAGAACCAAAACUAUCAUCUGAAAAUUUUUGCUUGUACGAAAGUAGCUGAUUUUGUUCAAUGAGAAAAGGGCUUCUGAAAGGAACUCAAAGAAAGCUGCUUUAGUGUGGGGGGCUCCUCUAGUAGAAGCUGCCAGGCAUGGCCUGUAGCUGUAGCAAUUAGUAUAUUUGGGGUGUAGCUAUAGCAGUAGUUUGGCCCCUUGUGCAGUCCUGUCUGACCUUAAUGUAAAUUAGCUAGUAAAUGUUAAGACAUGUACUCGUAACAAAAAUGUUAUUUCCUUUGCGUUUGUCCAAAUUGAAGUAUCAGUUUUCUUUUG